AUGCCCGUCAAAUCAUAUGUCUUAAACACCGUAACGUAUGGAACCGCAUCCGCUCCAUUUUUAGCAACUCGCUGCUUAAGACAAAUUGGCGAAGAUUGUCGAACUCAGUAUCCUGACGCCAGUCGAACAAUUCUCAAGGAUUUUUAUGUUGACGACUUACUCACAAGCACCGAUUCGGUCGAGCACGCCCGAGAACUGAGAGCUCAGCUGACAAGUAUUUUAGAUUCAGCAGGAUUUGAACUCCGAAAAUGGGCCGCUAAUGAUCCGCGCAUUCUUAUUCAGGACGCGAAUGCACCAUCAUCGAAACCAUUACAAUCUGACAAAGACCCGAAGACGUUAGGACUUUUAUGGACGUCCGACACUGACAUGUUACGAUUUUCAGUGCAAUUAUCAUUACAACGACCGGUUACAAAGAGAACAAUUCUCUCCGAAAUUUCCAAAAUUUUCGAUCCCCUUGGACUAAUUGGCCCAGCAACCGUACAAGUAAAACUGUUACUACAACGCUUAUGGCAGCUGCAGGUCAAAUGGGACGAAUCGUUACCACAAGACAUUCAUACCAGUUGGAUGGAAUUUCAACGCCAAUUGGAAGAUCUAAACGAUCUUUCAAUUCAUAGACGCAUUCUUUGUGACCAACCGAUAAGUACCGAGCUGCACGGAUUUUGCGACGCCUCCGAAAGGGCAUACGGAGCAUGCAUCUAUGUACGGACUACAGAUGCACAUGGACGACAUUUUGUACGCUUGCUGUGCGCAAAGUCCCGUGUCGCUCCAUUAAAGACAGUGUCACUUCCACGACUUGAAUUAUGUGGAGCAUUGUUAUUAGCACAACUUAGUCAUAAGGUCUCGACGGCCUUAAAUAUCAAAUGGGACGGUGAAUUUUAUUGGUGUGAUUCAACGAUUACUUUGGCAUGGAUAAAGUCAUCCUGUACACGAUGGAAGACCUUUGUUGCAAACCGAACAGCUGAAAUUCAAGAGUUGACAAACCAGAAUUGGAAUCACGUCGUGUCUGCUGAAAAUCCAGCAGAUAUCAUAUCACGUGGCAUCGGGGUCAAGGAUCUACUUACUUCGGAAUUGUGGUGGUAUGGACCCACGUGGUUAAAGGAAGAUUCUAAUAAUUGGCCGUUGGAUGCUGCACGUAUAUGCGACAAUGAAGAUCCCCCGGAACAGCGACAAGCUUCAACAGUUCUGGUUACCGCGGCGAAGAUCAGUCACCCAAUUUUCGAGAAAUAUUCGUCAUUUUUCAAAUUAAUUAGAAUUGUAGCCUACCUCUUGAGGUUUAAAAAUAAUGCGACAGUCGCAGCACAGGACAAAAAGCUAGGGCACCUAGAAUCAAGCGAAUAUACUGGUGAAAUGAACCCUUUGUUGAAAUUAGUACAGCGGGAAUCGUUCGCAAAGGAAUUAGAUGAACUUAAAAACCAUAAAUGCGUAGGGAAGACUAGCAAGCUGUGUUCUCUCCAUUCGUUUUUAGAUGAAAUCGGACUCAUCAGGGUGGGCGGAAGACUCGCUAAUGCCUCAAUUCCUCAUCAGCAAAAACAUCCGAUAAUUUUGCCCGCACACCAUCGUUUUACAGAGUUAAUAAUUAUCAACGAACAUUGGGCCAAUAAUGAACUUAAAGAGUUAGCACAGUUACUCGCAAAUGAGCAGCCUCAGAACCGGGUUUCACAAUUUCUAGCCGAAGAAGGUAUUUGUUGGCAUUUAAUUCCACCUCAUGCUCCUCAUUUUGGAGGAUUAUGGGAGAGUGGAGUAAGAAUGGCAAAGCAUCACUUGAAGCGAGUCAUAGGUGAAACGCAUUUGACAUUUGAAGAACUGUAUACCAUGUUAACACAGCAUUUUUGGCAGCGCUGGCAAAGGGAGUAUCUGCAUCAGCUCCAACAGCGUUACAAAUGGAAUCAGCAAACGGACAACGGACUUCGACCUGGGACCAUGGUCAUUUUGAAGGAGGACAAUUUACCACCGUUAAGGUGGCGUGCAGGUCGCAUUGUUGAGCUGCAUCCAGGGAAAGAUGACAUUACGCGGGUGGUGUCGAUCAGACUGUCAGACAAUGUCGUCAAACGUCCGGUAUCCAAAGUGUGCAUUCUACCCAUAGACAAUGGCAGUGAAGCAAUAUCGGAGAGACAGUCGAGUGAAAACGAGACUUCGAUUCUUUCGACUCCUGAAACGGGGCAAGAUAGCUCAUAG